GAAAGAAAGAAAGAAAGAGGGGGAGGAGCAGCACCUCCACCACCACCACCAGUGACACUGGCAGUGUUGAUGCGAGUAACGUGUGCAGUGUUACCCUGUUUCACUCCACUCUUCAUCACGCUCCUCCUGUUGCAGCCAUGAAGUCUGCGGUCUUGCUUCUCGUGGUUUUCGCGGUAGGGGCUUCGGCUCAGUGUUCGUGCAAAACUUUGGACUGGGCCGAUUGCAGCAAUUCCAGUCCACCUUGCAGCUGUUUCUUGCCGUUUGAUUCGAGCAAGAAGCCGCUCGACUGCGAGAAAUUGGUUCCCAAAUGCUUGUUGAUGAAAGAAGAAAUGCAGCGCAGAAUGAGAGGGAAGCGUUUAGGCGGGAAGCCUGUAGAAACUGCCAUCGUGGACAACGACGGUAUCUAUGACCCAGACUGUGAUGCCACUGGGCAAUUUCGCACCAAGCAGUGUAACAACACCGAGGUGUGCUGGUGCGUCAACAGCGCGGGCGUGCGCCGCUCGGACAAGGGCGACAAGGGCAUCGAGUGUGAGCAAGCGGAGACCUAUUGGGUACGUUUGGACCUCACUCACACUCCGCCGACCUCUCCCAUCGACAGCACCAAAAUCAAAGCUGCAAUUGAUACUGCGCUUCAGCAACGUUAUCAGCUGGAAAAGGGUCUUGUUAAAGACGUGCAGUAUGAUGAGAACGCAAACCUCAUGGUUGUAGAUGUCAAAAAGGACAUUGGAGACAGGGUACAAGACCUUUCCCGCAUGACAUACUACCUGAUGAAAGACGUCAAGGAAUCACCGCUCUUUAGAAGCAAGUCAAAGCUCCAGGUCAACAUUGAUGGGCAGAAUGUGACCUUUAAAGAUGUUGUCAUCUAUUAUGUUGAUGAGAAGGCUCCCACUUUCACCAUGAAAAGGGUGACAGGGGGUAUUAUUGCAGUCAUCGUCGUGGUCAUCCUUGUUCUGAUUGGCGGCCUGCUAAUCCUGUACUUCAUCAGGAAACGGGAGGAGGCCAUGUACAGCAAAGGACAGGAGCGACAGAUGGACAACGUGCAGAACUAAUGCCGCCUUCUGCAAAGCAAGGAAAUGUCAAGCUAAAACCAAAAUACUUUGGAUACUUCAAGAAAUUGCAUUAACUUUUAUAAUAAGAAAACUGCUGGAAUUCUACAUACAACUUUUUUGUUCAGUCGGGAAAAAAAAACUGCUGUUAGAAACAACAAACCAUUUAGUUUUUGCUUUGUGUUCAAAGCUUUAAAAAACUGCGUGAAUAUGACUCAAAACAUUUGUAAGACAUUCCCAGUUUUAUUAUAUAUGUCUACGUAUUUUGGCAUGU